CACCACCAUCCCAAUCUACCUCCCGCACACCACCUCGACCUCGAGAAGGUCUUCUUCCCCGGCUCCGACUACCGAUCCGCCGCCACCCUCCCCGAUCAGCACGACACCACCACUCCACCCCCACCUCCAAAAAUCAGCCAGUAGCCCACUGAUCCACCAUGAGAUCAUUUCCGCGCUUCAAUUUGACAACCGGAGCCCUCUCCGGCGAAGCCCACAACCACCCGACGCCGCCGUCCACCGGAGUCGACCUCGCUGUCGUCCUGGUGCUCGCCGGCGACCACCACCACUACCAACCGAUGCGGGGUGCCACCCCGAACGCAUCCCGACCAUCGCCGCCUCCUGAAACACUGGCGAUCGCCACCGAAAGCGAAGAGGGGGACUAUACCGAGAGUUUUGAAGAACCUCUUGCUGAUUACUUUGGUCAAGACCUGGAGGAGGACGAGCUUGCCGAGGAGGACUGCGCUAGCGAGCCCAAUGCGUAGAGGUGUUCCGAGUCAGUCACCUGUGGAUUUGGAGUCUACCACAUGUAUCAUCCACUAGUGCUUCCGCUACACGAAUAAAAUAGUCAAGCCUCACCCUAAUGCGUGGCUCACUUUAUUUUAUCGGUGCUAUAGCACCGUCACCCACUGUCAUAUUCCACCACCACUUGUUGUACAAGUUUGUACUAGAUUGUAGAGCACUCUGGCUCCACUCGAUGUAAUAUUAUGUGUGUACUGGUUAUCUAUAUCAAGGAAGUCCACCAGCAGUCCUGAUCUUGGGGCUGGUGAGACUUUGGGCUAUUCUAUGAUUUAUUA